AUGGAGGAGGUGUUUCUGAAUCACGUGAGGAAGCAAUGGCUCGUCAAACCGCAGAUCUCCUCGGUUGGGUCAUGUUGUUUGGUUGGCAUUAUCAAUGAAGGGGUCCUCUACAUAGCAAACACUGGUGAUUCAUGUGUUGUCCCCGGGAGGGUCGAAAGAGGCGCCAAAGACAUUAAGGCAGUUCAGCUGUCAUCUGAGCAUAACGCGAGCUUUCUGGCUGUAAGGGAUGAGCUAAGACAGGUUUCCAGAAUGAUUGGCCACACCUACCUAAAAAGUUCGGAAUUUAAUCAUGAGCCCCUUCUGGCCUGGUUCCAUAUUCGAAGGCCCUUCCAUAAUCCAAUUCUUUGUCCCGAACCAUCCAUUGAAGAACAUAGACUGUGCAAAAUAUCAGUUUGUUAUAUUUGCAUCAGAUGGACUAUGUGA